GGUCGGCCGGCGACCUCUAGCUGUAGGCUCAGCACUAGUAAUGGGCGUCUGCCUUGCCAUAAUGGGCGGAUACUUUUAUGCUGACGCCGUCCAGGGCGACGUGAACUCCGUCUUCGACUGGGUACCACUCGCUUGCUUCAUUUGUUUCAAUCUAAGCAACAGUGUUGCAUCAGCGCCAAUUGGAUCCCUGCUCACAGGAGAGGUGUUCCACGUGUCCGUUAAGGCCAUCUGCCUGACGUUAUACAGCACAGUAACAGCUCUCUAUGGCUUUGUCCUGAAGAAGCUGUUCCAAGUGGUGUCGGACGGUCUGGGUGCUUAUUACUCCUUCUGGGCGUUCUCUUUUAUGUGCUUUGUCUGUGCAGUGUACAUGUACAAGCUGCUGCCCGAAACAAGAGGAAAGACCUUUGCACAGAUCAACGACGAUAUGGAAUACAUCACAGGUGGACAUGUUGAUGACGACAACAAAGAUUCAGUGAAGACAGCUUCUGGAUGAAAGUUAAAAAGUGCUUGCCCUUUUACCUAAGUUAACAACAUUGCAGCGAAGUAACAUAUUUCAUUCUGCUUCACACUUGUCGUAUCACGAAAAAUAACUCUCAAGGGGAGAAGCAACUGAAUCCAAGUUUCCAUUAAGGAAACACCUAGAAAUGUCACAUAGACAAACCUGAUGUACAUUUCGUAGAAACUCAGAGUACCUGACAUUUCAGAAAAAGUUUUUAGAUCAUGUCAUUCUCAUUAUAGACAGUGUGUUCUACACCAGUCUUUGUAUUGUAAGUUUGACAACUGCAGUUUCUGUAUGCAUAUUAUAAUUUAUCAUAGACGGUCUUUUCCACAUCGUAACAAAUAUGAUGUAUGCAUGAUGUUUUUCACCCGUUACCAAUUUUGUUUUCUGGGUGAUCUGUUUAUGAACAGCUGUAUCUUAACGAUAUCGCCACAUCUAAAAUUCCUUUGAAGUAAAGCACGGCAAGAGAAGCAUUCAAUAAAUCGGAAGUGAUUAUCUAAUAGUCGACGACACAUAUUUCUAAUGGCAGCAGAUGAUCUGUUAUUGACCCUAAGAGAGUGGAAAACGAAUCUUGCUUUGGAACAAAUCGCUCAAUCGUGAUAUUGUGGAUAUUUCCAUGUGAUCUUAUAGUA